UGAAGAUGUGAGCAGGAAACCAGAGCAGAUUAAGUUUGAGGGAGAGUAUGCAGCUUUCAUGAACGCAGAGCGGAGAAAUCACGGAGCCAUAAUUAAAGUUAUAUGGGAGAGAAGGGAAGGCCAAUCUGAUGGAUUGCCCAGCUUAAUCUACGUAUCAAGAGAGAAGAGACCACAGCAUCCUCAUCAUCACAAAGCUGGUGCCUUGAAUGUUUUGACGAGAGUGUCAGGGUUGAUAAGCAAUGCUCCCUACAUGCUGAACGUAGACUGUGACAUGAUGGUGAACAAUCCACAGAUUGUUCAGCACGCCAUGUGCAUAUUCUUGGAUCCCAAGGGCCACAAAGAAGUCGCAUUUGUCCAAUGUUUUCAGCAAUUUGAUGAUGGCUUAAAAGAUGAUCCUUUUGGAAACCAGUGGGCUGCCGCUUCUUCGUACAUAUUAGUUGGAUAUGCAGGCCUUCAGGGACCCUUUUACUGCGGAAGCGGAUGCUUCCAUAGAAGAAAAGUUAUUUACGGGCGUUACCCUGAUCACACUCCGCAUGAAAAUCAAGAGGAAUUGUCAGACGAGGAACUGGAACCAAAAUUUGGAACUUCGACUGAAUUUAUUAAACUAGCAGCUCAAGCCUGGAAAGACAAGACACAUUUUAGUAGCAGUAAUAUUAUUUCUCCUUCUACGUGCUUGGAGGCUGCUAUUUAUGUUUCUAGUUGUGAAUAUGAAUAUGGCGCAGCCUGGGGGGAACAGGUUGGAUGGCUAUAUGGAUCAGUGGCCGAGGAUCAACAACUUGGAUUGAGCAUUCAUAGUAGAGGUUGGAGGUCAGAGUGUUGCACGCCCGACCCAAUUGCUUUCAUAGGCCGGGCCCCUGGAGGUUUUACAUCCGCAAUGAUCCAACAAAAGAGAUGGGCUUCUGGCCUGCUUAGAGUCUUGUUGGGUCCCCAAAGCCCCUAUUUGGGCUUCCUCUUCGGUGAGCUGCAUUUCAGACAGUGUCUGGCCUAUCUAUGGCUCAUCCACUGGGGCUUAUAUGCCUUCCCUGAAACAACCUAUGCUGCUUUGCCUGCAUAUUGCCUGAUAACCAACUCCACUUUCUUACCCAAGGAACCUUGGCUAUGGAUUUUUGUGUCAGUUUUCGUGAUAUACAACAUCUACAGUCUAAUAGAAUACUUGGCAAUCGGGUUAUCAGUCCGAGCAUGGUGGAACAAUCAGAGAAUGAGAAGAAUAAUGGCCUUGGGUCCUUGGUUUGUGGGUUCUCUAAGUGCUAUAGUUGAGAUGUUGAGGGCUUCUGAAACAGUGUUUGAUAUAACACAGAAGGAGGCACCAGCUUGUUCUGGUUCUGAUACAAACGCUGGAAGAUUCAUCUUUGACGAGUCUGCAAUGUUUGUUCCAGGAACCACUAUGUUAGUGGUUCAACUCAGUGGUCUGGUGAUGAAAUUAUGGAGGCUGGGUCCAGCAGCAGAGAAGAGCGGGAGCGGGGGUGGGAGUGGGAGUGGGGUUGGGGAGGCGUUAUGCAGUGUGUACUUGGUGGUUUGCUUGUGGCCUUUCUUGAAAGGGCUGUUUGGGAGGGCACAAUAUGGGAUUCCCAUGUCGACGAUUUUCAAGUCAGCAGUUCUGGCUUUUCUCUUCGUGCACUGUUCUAGAACUAGCAUUGCCACCAUCACUUGAUGUCCUGCUCCAUUAACGUUCUCUUCUAUCCUGCUUCCUCAUUGCAUAUCAAGUGUUUUGAAAUCACUAUACCCGAACGUGUCCCGGGGGGAUGGGGAGACAAUUCUUAAUGUAUUAUAAAUAACUCGGGAAAAUUCAUGCAA